GGAUGCUAGCAGUGCCUCGGAAUGCCUUAUGUAGACCGUCAGAAUCGAAUUUGCGGAUUCCUGGAUAUUGAGGAUAAUGAAACUUGUGGGAAGUUCCUCCGUCGGUAUUUCAUCCUGGAUACCAAAAUCAACAGCCUUUUAUGGUACAUGGACAAUCCUCAGAAUCUGGCUGUAGGCUCAAAAGCAGUAGGAUCUCUACAACUGACCUAUAUCUCUAAGGUCAGCGUGGCUACCCCCAAGCAAAAGCCGAAAACACCGCUCUGUUUUGUUAUCAACGCCUUGUCUCAGCGAUAUGUCUUGCAAGCCAAUGACCAAAAAGAUCUACAAGACUGGGUGGAAGCGUUGAACACCGCCAGCAAGAUUACGGUACCAAAGCAUGGAAGUUUGUCACUAGCUACAGACGCGGGAAGGCAACCAUAUAAGACUGAAAUCAUUGGCGGAGUCGUCGUACAGACACCAAUCUCAAUCAACCAGAAUGGAGGAGAUGGCUCUGAAGGCCACGAGCUUUCGUCUCACCCUUUGUUGAAGCGGUCCCAGAGUUAUAACCCCGCUACCAAAACCCCAGUGGGACCGCUAGUCCUCAAGAGCGGCUACUGUGUGAAGCAGGGGAACGUAAGAAAGAGCUGGAAACGCCGUUACUUCAUCCUGGAUGAAAUGUCUGUCAAUUAUUACAAAUGCGAGCAGGUAAAGAAUCCAGACCUUUCACAGCUGUGGUUUGACCCCAUUGCAUCUCCUCCCUGGUGGAAUGGGGCCUACAGUCCUGAAGACAUGAAAAGCUGGAUCAAAGAGAUUACGGGUGCGGUGCAAGCAUUAAAGAGCUGUCCCAGAGAAAUGCCUUUGGUGAGAUCGGUGUCGAUGGAUAAACGAGGGAGCCCCCCCUUCUCCUGCUCCACCACAGCACCCAUAGCAUGGCUCAAGCAGCGAGGAGAGGAGUCCAAGGUUGGCCCCAGAGGCCCCUCCACUUCUUGCUGGCUGCCUUGGAUGCCCGUGCCACCAAUGGAGGAGAAGCAGCAUCCGGCAUCCAAGGAACAGGCUGAAGAGCUGAGCAACUCUGGGUUCGCCCCUUUGUCCGCUGAGCGGGAUGCCAGAGAGACCCAGGUCAGGCGCUUCCGACACAGGUCGGAACCCCAGAACUUCAGAGAGCACCGUUUCCUGAUGGACUUGGAUGAUGAGAACAUCAGAACCUCGGAUGUGUGACGAUACAGGCAGUUGCCAGGAAACGGGCAUUCUAAGGACGGGAUGUUCUGGAUGAACCAUUGCUAGCUUGCACCAGCUCCAGUUGCAGAGAGGGAACAGAUACUGCAAAGAAAGUUAAAGCUCAGAAGAAUCUACACAUAUGGGUGGGUUGCUGGAGUCUUCUCAAGAUCCAGCCUAAUCCAGCGGGUGCCAGGAUGCUCACGAUGGGCCCCGUUUCAAGUCCGUUGAGGAUGCCAGAACUGUACGAAGGAACUUGCCUUCCAUUCGCCAUCGGAAGCCGUUUGUUCCACCGUCAUGGCUUCCCAUCUGGGAAGGGAAGGGAAGCCGAUGGUUGGAGGCCUUGGUGUACAUGUCGCCUUCCUGUCUGUUUUGAUUGUGCAAAAAGACUUUACUAGAGUUACCCGGAAUAUACAGCCACACAGUGUAUCUGCCCUUUUCUGUUCUGGUAGCAACAAUUGGGUGGUUUUGCUUGAUCAGUGGAUGAGUUGAAGGCCGUUCGCCUUGUUUAAUGUCCAAAGCUUUGGGUAGGAAGAGAGUUUGGAGUUUCCUUUCCUUUCUCCCUCCCUCCCUUCCCC